CCUCAGUCCUGUAGGAGGCUGCUUGGCCAGUCCCCUCCCAUGUGCCACUCUGGGUAGCGUGAGUCAGACUGUUGGGGCCUGUUCAUUAUACUCUGAGUCACGCGAGGGAGCCUUGCCCCAGAUCAAGGCGGACUUUAAUUGUCCACAAAGCAGGAUUAGAAGAAGCCGCAGCCGCAGUUAAUCACUAAGGUAGGAGCUGUGGGAGGCUCUCACACCCCCAGGUUCCCGAAACAGAAAACUGCUCUGCGGAGCCGGGAGGGAGAGGCCCCGCGGGAGAAGGCAGAUCCCGCCAAAGGAAAGGCAAGAGCCCGGGAGCUGGCGAGGACGCCAAGACAGCAGAGUUUCGUUGGCGCCACCUUGUGGUUGAUGAAAUUUGUGCAAUUUGUUUAGGCCUGGGUCUUCUGAAAAGUCAAGAGUAAGUCUAGACCUCUCAAAUGGAUGACCUCUGUGAAGCCAAUGGCUCUUUUGCCAUCAGCCUAUUAAAAGUAUUGGGUGAAGAAGACAAGUCACGAAACCUGUUUUUCUGUCCCCUGAGUGUCUCCUCUGCUCUGGCCAUGGUCUACUUGGGAGCCAAAGGAAACACUGCAGCGCAAAUGUCCCAGGUACUUGGUUUGAACAAAGGUAGAGAUGUUCACCAAGGUUUCCAGACCCUUCUCACAGAAGUUAACAAAACUGACACCCAGUACUUGCUAAAAAGUGCCUGCCGACUUUUUGGAGAAGAAUCAUGUGAUUUCCUUUCGACCUUCAAGGAUUCCUGCCAGAAGUUCUAUCAGGCAGAGCUGGAAGAGCUGUCCUUUGCUGAGGACACUGAAGAGUGCAGGAAACACAUCAACAACUGGGUGAUGGAAAAGACGGAAGGUAAAAUUUCAGAAGUUCUGAGUCCUGGAACAAUCUGCCCACUGACUAAGCUUGUUCUCGUGAAUGCCAUGUAUUUCAAAGGAAAGUGGAAGGCUCAGUUUGACAGAAAGUACACAAGGGGCAUGCCAUUUAAAACUAACCAGGAGAAAAAAACAGUGCAGAUGAUGUUCAAGCAUGCAAAGUUUACGAUGGGGCGUGUGGAUGAGGUGAACAUGCAGGUCCUGGUUCUGCCCUAUGCAGAGGAGGAGCUGUGCAUGGCUGUUCUGCUUCCUGAUGAAAACACUGAUCUGGCUGUGGUAGAAAAAGCACUUACCUAUGAGAAGUUCAGAGCUUGGACAAACCCAGAAAACAUGACAGAAAGUAAAGUCCAAGUUUUUCUCCCCAGAUUAAAGCUGGAGGAGAGUUAUGACCUGGAAUCUUUUCUUCAAAGUUUGGGAAUGACAGAUGCCUUUGAGGAAACAAAGGCUGAUUUUUCUGGAAUGGCAACUCAGAAGAAUGUGCCUGUGUCCAAGGUUGCCCACAAGUGCUUUGUUGAGGUCAAUGAGGAAGGCACAGAAGCAGCAGCAACCACCGCUGUGAUCAGGAAUGCCCGGAGCUGUAGAGUAGAGCCAAGAUUUUGUGCUGACCACCCAUUCCUUUUCUUCAUCUGGCACCACAAAACCAGCAGCAUCUUGUUCUGUGGCAGGUUCUCUUCUCCAUAAAGGCAUUAUCGUGGGGUGAGGAUGCAUCUCAGUUGGUAGAGCGCUUGCAUAACAAGCACCACGCCCUGGGGUCAACCCUAAGUACCCUAUAAAAGCAGGUGUGAUGGUGCCUUCCUGCUAUCCUAGCAUUUGGGAGGUACAGGGCCGGAGGAUCAGUCCAGAAGUCAUCCUCAGCUACGUAGAAAACUUGAGGCUAGCCUUUUGAUACCUGUUUCAAAAAGACAAGAAAGUGUAACAUGUGAUUGCUUUACAUAUCAUUUUUUGCCACAUGCCAGAAUUAAAAUCCCAUGUUUCCAGAUUGGCAAGGUGGUUUCACUGCACAAAUAAAGAGUAUACUUAGUAGUUGGUGAAUAUCUUUGCUGACAGUUCUAAUGCCAUGUGUGGAAGCUUGGAGCUGAGAAGGCCAUACUUGGUUUGUAGUAUCUAAGUAGCUUCUGAUUGUCUCCAGCCUUCUUUACAACCCAGCUCCCAAAGUGCUAUCCCACGCUGCUAGCAUCUUCACCACUGCCAGUCUUACCAGGCAAUGCCAGUUGAAGGUCCCCAUUACAGCUACAGAAUAACUGCUGUAACUGUCCCCUGUCUCACAUCUCUCAUUCCAUCAGUGUUACUGUACAGUCCUGUAAGUCCAUCGUUUAGACAACUCUUCCCACAAGUUUCAAGUACAAGUUCAAGGCCUUGGCCUGGAGAGAAGGCUCAGCGGUUCAGAGGACUGACUGCUUUUACAGAGGACCCAGGUUCAAUUCCCAUCACCCACAUGGCAAC